UUUCUUCCUCGUACGAUAUACAUAUAUAUUUUUUUUCAUAUUCAAAAUGGCCGUGUGUCCACUAUUUGUUUAGUUCGGUGUCCGCGAAAUGUUGUCUUAUUUCGUCGCUGAUAAAAUUGAUUCCCGUACGUUUGUUCAGCGUGCCCCGUUUGCUUUUGAGCGUAUUAUUAUUAUUCGCGCUUAUCCUGUUCAUUCCACAGAACACUAGGUCGUAUUGCCGUGCCACCACCGCUGCCGUCACUGGAUUUUGGUAAAUUGAUUGAAUUGUUUUUGUUUCGAUAUUCUACUUUUGACUGGGUGCGUCCAGGCCGUUGGCGUAGUAUUUUUCAAAUAAAUACUACUCAAUAAACCUUUGAGUAAAUCGUUUGACUAACAUAGAAUUUCGGCUAUAGCCAACUAGGUACCAUUUGACAUCCAUCCGCAGCCAAUGGUCAUCUAGGUGUCUUAAAAUUCGUUUAUUCAAUUAAACAUACUUUCAAAAUGACUGUUGACCCAUGUUUGACGCAAUGACUGAUACCAAACGACGAGUGAAGUUGUACGCCCUGAACGCUGAUCGUCAGUGGGACGAUCGUGGUACGGGGCAUGUGUCGUGCACUUACGCUGAACGACUCAAAGGUGUUUCUCUUUUAGUUCGAGCUGAAGCUGAUGGUGAGUACUGUAAUACCUAUUUUAUUACUUAAUAGCAAUGAUAUUGGCCAACAUUUAUUUAAUAUAAUUUAUUGUGUCUACAACUAUAUUGGGUACAAAUUACUAUCUAAUUUAUUGAAUAAUAUUAUGUUCUUAUGUGUAUUAGGUAUCUAUGCAAACCAUAAUUUUCUGGACAAUUGUUAUUACCUACAUACAAAUAAUCAGUGAAUAUUGAAAUAAAUAGAUAGAUAACUAAAUUUACAUAUAGAAUGUAUUACCUUGGGUAUGUAAGUUGUUGAGCUAAUAAUUUUCUGGGGAAAAAUAUCUACCAAUAUUUAUGUUUAUUAAAAUACAAAUUGUUUUUUUUUAUUAAGAAAUGUAGAGUAUUUUUGAUAAUUUGAAUUUAGUAUUGUGGUUAUAAUUAUUAGGUUCUUAUAUAAGUACUUAAACUUAUUAAAACUCUUAUUUGAUGAUGAUUUCUACUUUUAUUUAUUUAUUUCGUAUGGCUGGAAUACAAAUCAACACAGUUAAGGCCACAAUAUAUAUCGAAUUUAAAUCAUGAUUUAUAUUAUGAUUUCUACUAAAAUGUGGAGACAUGCUACUUUAAAAUUAUGCUUUUUAAUUGGAUUCUGGUUACACUGUUGAAUUAAAAAUAAAAAACACAUGUAGGUAAAAGUCCAAUAUUUGACAGAAAAAAAAAAUUGGAAAUCAAUUAAGAAAAAUGUCUUGGGUUUUUAUUACCAUGACUUAAAAAGUAAAUAUACGUGUACAUUUUUAACCAGCAUUGAAAAACAUUUUUAAAAAUAAAAAUUGUUUGGUUUGCAAACUAGGAAUAUUCCACAUUUAAUUAAAGAAACCAGUUAAAAAAAAAUUACCUAUUGAAUAUUCACUUAUAUUUGACUACUUUAAAAUAUUUUUAUUUUUUUUAAAUAUCAGAAUUUGCUUAAGGAGUUAGUUUAGUAAUAAAGUUACAGCUAUUUGAAGUUUAUCGUUUUUAAAUGUUUCCUUAAACAGCCAAUACAUCUAUAUUUUCUUGUAUUUCACUGUGGCGCAAUAGAUACUAUAUUCCAAUUUAGUAUGUAUGGUGAAUGUUUGAUAUUCACAAGUCUACAAAAGAUGUACACCCUUUUUUUCAGGUUAAUCUUCAUUUAGGUCUAUAUGUGUUAAACAUUUUGUUUUUACCCUGAGACUUACUAAACUAAUUUUCUAGUUUUAUUAUUUUUUCCUCCAUUGCUUCUCUGGCAUUGUUUUACACAGGGAUAUUUUGGCUUAAAAUGGUCUGAGUGAAAAAGUGUCUCUAGGACCCAGAAUGCAUUUGUCUUUUACUGUUACCUUUCGGUCGUGGUUUUGUAUAACAAAUCAAGCGAUAUUCUUAUUUAAAAUAUGACAAAUUGUCUUAGAUUUGUAGAUUUUGAACCUUAUACCAAAAUUUCUAUGUAUAACACAUUAUCCAUUACACUUCAGUCAAAUGCAGAAGGAUUGUACGAAAAUAGCUAUUUAAUCAAAACUGUAUUAACAAUAAACAUAAAAUGACUAUAAUUUUUAAUCAAACAUUUUGAUGAAAUUCCAAUUACAUUAUUGUUCUCAACAUACAAAAUUGUAUUUGUUUUGCAAAAAAAAAAUUUUAAAACUAGGAGCUGGUAAAGUAGUUUUGAAGUGUGGCUCUUUGAGUAAAAAACCCUAAGAAUAUAGAGAAAUGCUAUAGGUGAUUAUUAUUCUUAUUCAUUAGAAUAGUGCUCUAAUAAACCUUUAAACAGUCAGAAUUUUGAUAUUUUGAUUUUUUAACCUUUUUCAACGACAUGGCUUUUGGGUUGGUAACAAAUAAAAGUGUUAAAAUUUCGUAUAUUUUUGUGGAAAAUUGAAAUGUUAAUUCUAACUGAAGAAUUUUGAUAAGUAAUGAAGAGGAAUCGAAAAUAAUGUAUGAUUUUUUGUUAAGUAAUUUGACUCCCAGAGGCAGACUUUCUGAAAAGAUCAAAUUUCUCCAAGAUCGCAAACGUACACUUUUAAACCUGUCAUAUCUUUGCGGGAAAUGAGAAAAUUCAUUCACCAAAUAUUGGCAAUAUCAUAAAUACAUUUUGAUGUUCUAUAUCAAAUAGGUCAUCUAAAGAGUUAAAAAAUUCAAGUCUCUUAAGUCUAAAGUUUUUGAUGAUUUUAUUUAUAUUUUUUCCAUACAUUAUAAAACUUAUUAGGUUUUAAUUUACAUUUAUAAAAGGUCUUUUAAAAGGAAUUUUUGCUUUUUUAUAAGAAUAUUACAAUAUAUACUUCGAUAAUUAAUUAUGCCCUUUUAUAAUAAGCAAGUUUAACAACAGGCAUAUUGUUAAACAAACACAGAAUUAAACACCAUUUGAUGUUAACUUACUGUCUUAUUCAAUAUUUUAAAUGUCUUACAAGAUAGAUAUUUUGAUGAAACAAUAACAUUUUAAUCAAAUUAAAACAAUUAUACAAUAUAGAUUACAAAUGUGAUAACCACAGGCUGCUAGUUGAUAUACAUUUUAGUUUGAUUAAUUCACGAUUGGGUUAUUUUGUUAUUAUCAUACUAUUACAACAAUAAUCUUAAUUUGAAUCAAAAACCUAAGAAAGCUAAUCAACUUAUCAUUUAUUUUGAUUAUUUUAUUAUAUGUAUUUUAGAUUACCUACAUGUUUAUAAUUUAACAUGAAUGCUAAUUAGAAUUUCACAAAAAAUGGUUUUACUUUUAUUUACAAAAAAUUAUAAUUAUAAUUUUUUUUAGGAAAUACAUAUUAACUUUAUUUUUAACUGUAGAAUUUUAGUAGAUAAUCACGAAGAACUAAUUAUCCAGCAAUUUUUCAAUAAUUUAUGAGAAUGGUAUAAUAGUCUUGCUUUAGCAUGGAAGGAUAACUUGUGGAAAAAGUAUAAAGAGAUCAUUUCACAUCAGAGACACAUUUCUGGCUGACACUCUUUAAAAUUUAAUAAACUAUAUUUUUUUUCAUAAUAAUUUUUUAAAAUAAUGGGCACCCUAAUACAUAGGUACCUUACUUAUAUAGAACCAAAAAAAUGAUUGUGAUAAAUUUUAAAAAAUGAAAAGAUAAACAAAUACACCUAAAUAGUAAUUAUUUUAUAGGCCAUUUUGUACUUAAAUAAAAUUACAAAUAAGCCUCGGUACUCUAUAAUUUAACAUAACCUUACAUAAGACAUGAACUAUUAUAAUAUUGUAAUUUUUUGCAAAAGUAAAUAAAUAAGUGCAAUCAGUAAAUUUUAAAAUUUAAAAAUAUUUUUUUUUUAGGUGUACUUUUAUUAGAGUCAAAAAUUCAAAAUGAUACAGUCUACCAAAAACAACAAGUUAGUUAAUUUUAAAUAUUAGUUUAAAACAAUUAAUUUUACAUCUUUAUAAAUAUAAUCUAUAAAUAUCUUUUAAUUAUAGGAUACAUUAAUUGUUUGGUCUGAAGCUGAUAAUUUUGACUUGGCAUUAAGUUUUCAAGAAAAAGCAGGUUGUGAAGAAAUAUGGGAGAAAAUUUGUAGCGUUCAAGGUAAAGAUCCAACAAUUGAGACUACUCAAGAUAUUGUUGAAGAGUCUGAAGAUGAACGGUUUGAUGAUUUGUCAGAUUCUGCUCCUCCUGUAGAAUUACCACCAUGUGAAAUUGGCAGACUUAAAGAAAUUAAAGAUGUAAUUUAAACAUUAAAUUAUAAGAAAAUUUUUAAAAAUUAACUAUUAACGUAAAUCUUAUUGUUUAUAGAUUUUUAUCACUUGUAUGGCUACACCUUUAAAUAAAGAUAGGUUAGCUGAAGCUAUUGAAAAUGAUGGCUAUGUACGCAAGUUGGUAAAAUUAUUCAAUUUAUGUGAGGAUCUAAAUAAUUUGGAAGGUCUUCAUUCUUUAUAUGAUAUUGUCAAAAACAUUUUUCUCAUUAAUAAAAAUGCCUUGUUUGAAAUGCUUUUUGCUGGUAAUUUUGUUAAAUUGAAUAAAAUUGUAAUACUUAUAGUUUUAUACUGAUACUACAAUUUUUGUUUUAGAUGAUAUUAUAUUUGAUGUCAUUGGCUGUUUAGAAUAUGAUCCAACUCAACCUAUUCGUAAAUACCAUAGACACCAUUUAAAAAAUGUUUCUAAGUAAUUUUUUUUUUUUUUAACAAGAUAUGUUUUGAAAUAAAGUUCAUUUUUUCGUUUUUUUUAAUUUUAGAUUUAAAGAAGUCAUUUUGAUAACUAAUCCUGAGUUAUUGAACAAAAUACAUCAAACUCAUAGAGUGCAGUACAUACAAGAUGUAGUUCUUCCAACACCAUCUGUAUUUGAAGAUAAUAUGUUAUCUGCAUUAAGUAGUUUUAUAUUUUUUAACAAAGUGGAAAUUGUCACUUUAAUUCAAGUAAGUUAAUUAUUUAAAUGUUUUAAAUUAAUAACAGUUCUAUACCUUUUUUAUUAUAUAAAUUUUCAAAUAAUUAUAGGAAGACGAAAAAUUUUUGCCUGAUUUAUUAAGUCAACUGCAAGAUGAAAACACACCAGACUCCAGGAAACUAGAACUAGUACAGUUCCUUAAGGAAUUCUGUAACUUUUCACAAAAUUUACAGCCCCCACAGAAAGAAGGGUUCUUUAGGGUAGAUAAUAAUAUGUUUAAUUAUUACUAUUUUGUAUAACUAUAUCUAUUUUACUUUGUAGACUCUAACAUCUCUAGGUAUAUUACCUAUGCUUGAGAUGACUUUAAUGUCAGAAGAUGUGAAUAUAAAACAGGCUGCCAUUGAUAUAUUAACUAUUCUUGUCGAAUUCUCACCUUCUGUUAUACGAGAAUACAUUCUUCAGCAAUCUACUGAUACCGGUAAUAUAUGAAAUAAAAUUAUUGAUUUUUUAGCUCAAGGUUGAUAAAUAUUACUGUCAAACUAAAUUGCAAAGAAUAUUUCAUUAUAAUUAAGUACACCUUGCAGUUCUUUGUAUAUUUAUAUUUACUUAAAUAUUGGUAUAUGAAUAAGCCUACUAAUUAUCAUAUUAAUCUAAUUCCUGUUCCUCAGAAAUUCAGACAAUUUAUUAUCUUUUGUAAUUUGUUUUGAAAAAAUAAAAAAAAUAAAUAGAUUAUAUUAAUAAAUUCAACUUCGAUAUUUUAUAUAAUAACAAAAGUAUUGUUUUCCUAAUAAAUAAGAAAAUGAAAAAACAAAAUCUGAAUAUAAAUUAUUAAAGAUCACAGGGUAAUUGGCCAUUCCAAAAUUCUUGAAACAUUAUACAGCUUUGAUUUAUAUGGAAUUAUAGUAACCUAAAUUUAAUAUAUAUAUACAAUUUUUUUUAUGGGUUGCUUUAAACAGAUAAUGAAAAAUUACAUUAUGUGUAUAAAUUUAAAAAAAGGGUAAUUUGAUAAAAGAUAAAAUAUUGUGUGUAAAUAAUUUGAAUUUUAUAGAUAUUUGUGAUAUCUUAAAUAUCGGGGUUUAGAAUAGAAAAUAAUCAAAAAACAUUAAUUAAUUAAAUUAUUAACAUAAAAUACAUAAAUAUGAAAUAUUAAAAAGAUAUCUAAAAGGAUAAUGGGGACAGGUGCAGCUACUGUUAUAGAUAAUUUAAUGUAUACCUGUAAGCAACAAUAAACCAUUGCUAACUAAAAAAAGAUUUCAGUUGAUAAUGAUGCUUUGUCAAAAAUAUGUAGUCAUUUCAUAGUAAAAUAAUUAAGUAGGCGUUAUAUAUUUUCUUUAAUAAUAUUUAUUUAAUGUAGUAUAGAUUUUCCCAGUUUUUUAUACUAUGAUGUAUGAAUGGUUAAACAUAUUAUAAUAAAAAAUUAAUCCUUAUCAUUUUCAUCUUCCUAAACAAUGGAUGAAACAUUUUUAUUGCCCUAAAUUUUUCAUUUUUUCAAAUUGACUGAAUACAAGUAUUGCUGUCACUAUAGAUACCAGCUCCUGAUAUAAUCUUUUCAUUAUAUACUAUAUGAUUAUAUUUUGAAUGUUGCUAAUUAAAUAUAUACAUUUUUUUGUUAAGUGACCCAAGCAAAUGGAAGUGAAGUAGAAUUGAUGCUUAUGAAUGUGAUCAUCGAACAGAUGAUAUGCGAUACUGAUCCUGAUCUCGGACGUGCUGUCCAGUUAAUGGGGGUUAUACGGGUAUUAAUUGAUCCUGAAAAUAUGUUGCCUUCAUUAAGCAAAGUAGAAAAAAUUGACUUUCUCAAUUAUUUUUACAAACACAAUGUUCAUAUACUUAUAGGUAUGUUCAAAUUGAUAAACUAUAAGAAUAUUAACUUAUUUAUAAAUUACAAUUUUUCUUAUAUUUAGCACCUCUAAUGUCAAACACAGAGGACGGUGAACCAGCUCGAGAUGAUUACCAAAGUGCACAGUUAUUAGCACAUAUUUUAGAGUUGCUUACUUUUUGUGUAGAACAUCACUCAUAUCAUAUAAAGACAUGCAUACUGAACAAAGAUUUAUUAAAACGUGUAUUGAUACUAAUGAAGUCCGCUCAUAAGUUUUUAGUUUUGGGAGCAUUGCGAUUCAUGAGAAAGAUUGUUGCACUUAAAGACGAGUUUUAUAAUCGUUAUAUUAUGAAGGGAUGUUUAUUUGGUCCUGUUAUUGAUUGUUUACUUGAUAAUAAUGGCCGGUACAAUUUACUUGAUUCAGCAAUUAUUGAAUUGUUUGAAUUUAUUAAACUGGAAGAUAUAAAGAUUUUGAUAGCACAUGUUGUUGAAAACUAUGGUAAAAAAAUUGAACAUAUUGAUUACGUACAAACAUUCAAAGCCCUUAGAUUACGGCAUAAUCAACAAGCAGAUAAAAUAAAAGAUAAACCAAUCACCAAGUAUAUUUAAAUACAUUUUUAUUUCAGAACAUAAUGAAAUUAAAUUUUUGUUAUAUUUCUUAGUUGUAGUGUGACUGUAUCCACUGGGCGCUUUAGGCGGGAUCCGAGACAAAUUGAAGAUGAAGAAGAAAUAUGGUUCAACAAUGAAGAUGAUGAAUUUGAUGAUAGUGAAGCAGUAGUCCCUCAUACAGGGAUGACAGGUUCUACAGAAAUUACAGCCUCUGAACAAUUAGACUCUAUAGGUAAUUUUUGAGAAAAAUACAUAUUUGGUUAUUUGAAGUUAAAUUUAUAAUUGGAUGAUAUGUUUUUAAAAUAGGUAAAAGUAUUGAUAAGAAAUGUGAAAGUAGCAGCACAAAAAUUUUUGGUACAACUGUUAAAAUCUCUACCCCAGUGACAAAUAAUAAUUUGACAGUUGCUCCAACGUUAAGUUCACUGCCAGAAGAGUCUAAAAAUAGUUCUCUUUUGAAAAAAGUAAGUAAUUUUAAGUUUGUAUAAAUUAUGUGAAUUCUCAAUCCUAAAUAAUGGAUUAUAUAUUUCAUUAGGAUUAUUCUGAUUUAUUAAUAUUAUAUUUAUUCAUAUUCAUUUUUAGCAACCUUUACAAUGUAUUACAAUUAAAAAUAUUUGUCUAGGCUUUAGUUGAUUAUGAAGGUGAUUCAGAUGAAGAAGAAGAUGAAAAUGGAGAUUUGAAAUCGCCAACCAAGAGGCCACGUUAUACAUAAGAUGUUUGUACAUUUUCUAAUAACUAAGUUUUGUUUAAUAAUUUACUAGUUUUGUUAUACAAAACAAGCGUCUACACAUACAUAAUUUUAAGUUUUAGAUUAAAUGACAUCACCCUUAUGUAAAUAAUAAUCAUGCUAAGUAUGAAUAUGCCUUAUAGUUGUUUUCUUGAAUAAUGUGUAAAGCUAGGUAAAUGUUGCUUUUGAACAUUUUUAUUUUCAUUUUUUACCCAAUACUAAAAAUCUUGUAUAUUUGACUAUCCUUUGGACUGUUUUGUCAGUACUUAAUGAUAAUUAUUGUAAUAUUAUAAUAACAAAAAAAAAUUAUAACAAAACAUGUACCUGGUUUGUAUUUCUCAAAAGAAAUAAUUGAACAUCAGUUCACUAUUUAAUCUGUGCAAGUAAGACCAAUUGGAUACUUUAAUUUAAUUUUUUAUUUUUGCAAAUUUAAAGUGGUCUUUUAAGUUGAUUCAAAUUUUGUUGUGAUAUUAUAAUUUGAACUUUUUUUUUUAUGUAUACAUGUUACAGACUACAACUGUAAUUUGAUUUCAUACAAACCUUAGAGCUUUGUGUAGAUAUUUUCAAGUUAAUGGUGUAUAUUUAAAAGGAACAUUAUACAAUAUUAAUUUUUACCUAGAGUUUACCUAUUUUUUUAUUAUAAUAUUCAACAAUUAAAAUAUAAUUAUUUUUUCAAAAUGUAUAAAAUUAAUAGAUAGAAGAUAUUAUAAUUUGAAGUUAAGUGUUGUUUCAUAGUGUUUUUCCCCCUAAACCAAAAAAUAUAAAUAAGGAUAACAUUUUGUGUUUUAGUUUAACUGUUUGUACUAUUUUGAAAGACUGAAAAAUGUCCUGAAACUUAAAUAUGGGGGAAAUAUUGGAGAUAUUUCUUAACAUUGAAAUUUAAGAAUCAAUAUUUAAAACCAAUUUUUGUUUAGUAAAUUUGGAUCCUAUUAUACAUUUUUUCUAGUUUAUAAAAAGAUCAAUUAUUUAUUGUAUGCCAGUUAAAUAUUGUGAGUUUUAAAGUUCAUCAGGAAAUACAAUACAAAUAUUUGCUAGUUUUUCUUAAUUAUUUUCAUUUGUUUCUUAUAUAAAAUAAAGAAUUAUUUUUGUUUAGAAUUAAACAUAUUUUUAUUCCCAUGGGUUAUUGGAAAGUAAAUGAUAAACGAGUAAACGGAUAUGGUAUUUUCAGUAUUUUGUUUUUUGAAUCUACUUUUGAAAAGUCUUAUCACUUAAUUAUGUGGUAGCUUAGCAAACUUUGAUUUUUAUUUGACUGAAGAAUAUCUACUUAAAAUAUAAUAUAAUUUGUUUAAUAAAAACCAAACUUUCUUGAAAAUAUAUGUAAUGAAAUCAUUUGACAAUUUAUGUUACUUGUAUGUUAUUUGAUUUAAUUUGUAGUACCCUAAUGGUAUGAAGUAAAUCAUUUGCGUAUGACAUAAUAUUAUAUUACUAAAAUGUUUUUUAUUUUUAUGUACCUAUUACAUAAUAAUUUAAUUUAUACAUUCCGUUUUAUUUUUGCCAUUAAAUUUUUUUUUUAUUUAAACCACAAAUGAAUUCUUUCUAAAUAAUUAUACAACCACUAUAUAUUUAUAAUUUGUUGAAAUUUUUUUAUUCAUGCAAUAUCGGUGUGUUCAAAAUACAAUUUCAACUUAGGUAAGUGUUGUGAUUUUUGAGAAAUAAUAUUUUGAUACUGGCUCACUGUUGCGAUUAUACUUGUGCUUUUAUUAUACAACUUCUUUUUUACUUUGUACUCUUUUAGGUGUUAAGUACAUUUUUUGCACUUAAAACCAUAUAGUUGUCAUUCAGUUCUAUAUUUAAACAUUUGUCAUGAGAGAGAAUACACUCUAACUGCCAUAUUCUCAAUACAGUCAUACUAUAGUAGAAAUUCAACAGUUUUUGAAGUUCAUAAUUAUAGUGAUAGAUUUAACUGCUGAUUAUAAAUACUAGUAUGUAUUUAAAAUCUGUUGUAGAACUUAUACCCACUGUAUAACUUAAAAUUUUAUUUUAUUUUCUUUAAACUUAGCUUGUUGACGACUUCGUCUGAUGAUAUUUUCAUAUUUCGAUGACAGGACAUUAAAGGAAAAUAGUACAAAAAUUCAAUCUACAUGGUCUACAAUCUACCUAUCUACUUAUUAGUUACCACAUAUAUAAAUAACACUAUACCAUGUGA